AUGGAGCAAUUCAUCUGGGGACUGGCGCCUCAGGCCCUGAGCUUAAUGACGGCAUCAACGCCACCAACAACUAUUGAUGUGAGUAUCAUGAGUUUGGCACUCGCUAAGGAAGCACUUAGAUUGGAAAGACUUUCGACCCCUAACGAGAAGAUAGAAACUCAGAUGGAGUCAACUGGAAAGAACAAAAGGAAGCUCAUUGCUUUCCAAGGAGGUGUUCGGGCGAAUAACAAAAACAAGGCCAAAAAGGGAAAAGAGUACAUGGGAAAACUACCUAAGUGUGAAAAAUGUCGACGUCAUCAUACCGGGCAAUGUAGAAAUGAAAAGUGUGAUAACUGUGGCAGAGUGGGACACUGCAAGGAGAUGUGUUGGCGCCGGACGAGACGUGGAAAUCAAGGUCAAGUUGGUAGUAGAAAACACGGAGUAAACAACGACAACAGUGACUAUCGGGGCAGAAAUGGCGAUAAUCAAGAACGUAGACAAGGGUGUUUUAACUACGGUGACGUGGGGCACCUUCGGAAAGAUUGCCCAAGGGAGAUUAAGCAAGACCGUGAAGGAGCAUUCAACAAUGGAGCUUGUGAAGCAUGCUAG